UAAAAUUUGUGUUUUCGUUUAGCAUCUCCUGCUGAGUGUAUUAGCAUCUGCUUGAACUGUGUGAUCUAUCAUCAUCGCCAUCAUCACAUCUCCCUUCGAGCAAGGAAACGAAACAGUGCGCAUACCGUACGAAGGGAAAGACCGGGAGGCGCGUACACUUGUUGUGUGAGUGUUUUUACGUGAGAUGUUUUCACUGUCGUAAACAUUAGACCUGCUUAUAAAUUUGAUAUCAGUGCAGUUAGUGAAUGAAUAUCGCAGUCCGCUGCGCCCCCAGACGCCGCUCGUUCCAAUCGAAUAGUUUGGAUGCAAAAAUAGAAGAUCUGCUCGCUACGUGUACGAGUGAAAAGUGAUUUUUGUGCCAGUUGAGAUAAACCCACCGGCACCAUGAUAAGCCUCCCGAAGAACAUCGAAAAUAUUUGCCGCCUUUGUCUGACGGUAUCCGAUGGAAGUGACAUGCUGCCGCUGUUUCCGGUGCGCGGCGGAAACCCGUUUGCCCCGCACACGGUUGUGACCAAGAUACUGAACUGUACCACGGUUAAGAUCGAACACUACGAGGGUGCCCCGGUUACCAUUUGCGAGUUCUGCAACACCCGCCUGGAGGAUUGGCACGCUUUCCGGGAGCAGUGCAUCGGUACGGAUGAGUACCUCAAGGCAAACUAUCAGCACAUUUUCUACCCGAACCAGUACUCGUCGGCAGUCCCAAUGCAUCAGGGAGAGCCAAUAAACGACGAUACAGCUUACCAGCAUCAGCAGCAGCAGCAGCAAGAAGAAGAACUGCAGCAGGAGCAGGCUUACGACAUCGAUUAUUCCCCGAAUGGUGACGACAGUCAAAGUCACCUGUUCGGUGAAGAGGUCACACUUGAAGACAUGAUGCAACAGGAAGACCAAUACUAUGGUGACGAUUACGAUGUUGAAGAACAAUCACCGGAAGAACAACCAAAGAAUCAUGCAAGCGUACAAAAUGGUAUACGAGUUCCUAAGUGGUCUAAAGAGUUCGGCGCUAAGCUGAACACAUUACUGCAUGUGGUCGGUGGCGAACGAGCACAUCAAUGCAAAGUUUGCCGCAAGCGGUUCCUUCGACGGCCACACUGUCGCCGUCACGUGGCCCAUGCGCAUCCGGCUGAAAUUGACGAUGUCGAAUUGCCUCGCAACUGGCAGUCAACGAUUCGUCGUCGCUUUGUGUUUUCAACAGCUCCGGUGCAGCGAGUCCUGGAACCAGUCCCACCACCUCCUCCGGUACGCGAAGAUCAGUAUGAACCAUCUCCACACCGACCGCAUCAGUGCGAAGUUUGCAAGAAAUGUUUCAAACGGUCACAGCACCUCAGACGCCACAAAACAUCUCAUCUGCAAAUCGAAAUUGAUCGAUCGGAAAUCAUGCGUGGAAUUAAGGAACAACAGAAGGCUCAAGAGCAACUGGAGCAGCUGACAAGCCCGGCAACCUCGGUGAAUGGAACAAUCAUUAACGGCGAGGACGAAGACGACGAUGUUAUUGCUCUCUCCGAUGACGAAGACAUGGGUGAGGAAAUCUCCCCGGAAGAAUUCAACGGCUUGAGUGACAUCGUUGGUGAAAACGAAGACGAAUUGGAGGAGAUCGAGGAAAGCGCAAAAAGCACACCCAAAACCAACGACCGGUCUGCGCUGAAAGGGCCACGCCUGUCGGACAUUCCCCAUCUGUACUACAGCAGUGACGACAGUCAGCAGGCACUGUUCACCAAAGAUGGCACUUUCCGUCAGCGAGCUCCACCGAUGCCAAAACUACCCGGCGAGAGACCGUACGUCUGCAAGGUUUGCAACAAAACGUUCAAACGAACCGAUCACCUUAAGUCGCACAUGAGGACCCACAGUUCGACCACACCGUUCAACUGCGACUGGUGCGAGAAAGGAUUCCGCUAUCGGCAGAAUUAUAUGAUCCACAUGAAGAACAAAACGUGCGUCGUCAACGUGAAGGGAAAGUUUAGCGGACACCCGAUGCCGCGUUUGCUGCCGAAACCGGGCAUGGAGAAGGUAGCCAACGGUGGCGAUAUGGUUCUGAGCAAUUAAGUCGCGUUGAUAGAGGAGCGUCAUAGCCAUAAUGUAGUUAUAAGUUUUUUUUAUUAGACUGUCGUCCGUAUUUUUGAAUACUUCGUCUAUUUUUAUUUGAUCGGUGAACCGACACUUUGUAUUCAAGGAUAGGGCCGUGUAAAUAGAACAUGAUUUAUUUAGAUUAGCUAUUGGAUCGAGUUUCACUCGAAAGUAUAGAUUAUAGUCUCGAGCCAAACUUAGAAAUAAGUUCAAACCUCGAUUACAUGCAAAGACCCACGAAUUAAGUAAGCGUUUAAAGGCAUUAUUCUUGUACAGGUUCAGAAAGUGCUAA